ACCAAAUGUGAAAUCAGUGCAAACUUGAGGGAUGAAGACCGUAAUUUUCCCCAAAUUAAAUAUAUAUUUGGUGGAUGAUGCAUGCGCAGGUGAAACAACUUGCUAGGGCUUUCAACAUAGAGCAAAACUGGAUUAUGGAACGAAGAAUGCCUCCGUUAGAAGAGUAUCUGAAAAAUUCAGUGAUCACAAGUUGCAUUUUUGUGGUGUUCACAGCUCAUUUUCCGGGCAUGAAAUCUGUUACCCAAGAAACUAUUGAUUGGCUUCUCCGUAACCCUAAAAUUGUAGUUUCGACUGCGAUGAUGGGUCGACUUAUUGAUGAUUUGGGCAGCCAUGAUCGCGAGAACAAAGAGGGAAAAUUGCCGACAGUGGUGGAUUGCUACAUGAAACACUAUGGCAUAUCAAAGGAUGAGGUCUUGUCUAUGUUUAAGGUACUAGUGGAGGAUGGAUGGAAGGAUAUUAGUAAGGAAUGGACGAAUAAAACCGAAGGUUCGAUACCCAAAGAAAUAGUCGAGCAACUUUUGAACUAUGCCCGGGCAGCCGAGGUCACUUACCGGAACAGUGAAGAUGGAAUUACAAAUCCGGAAAAAAAUUUGGCUCCACACAUUGUUGCUUUAUUUGUUGAUCCAAUUGUCAUUUAAUUUAAUUAUUUUUUCCCUAGCUCCAUCGUAUGCUCUCGUUACGUCAUUGCGUUUUUGUACUAUCUACCUAAAUUUGUUUGUGUUUUCGGUCUUGGAUUUUUCGGUUGGUUUGGUUUCUGAUUGUUGAAUAAAUAAAGAGUAUUGUGCGUCUGUAAUGUUAGCUAAUAAUAAUAUAUUUGACGAUUUGGAGCUUAGAAAGGUGCAAUGGAGUGAAAUAUU